AGCGGAAGUGAGGACGUGCACGCGGAGCUUGACAGUUAUUUACCUACAUUUGUCUUAACUUUCUGUGGGAAAUCGACAUAUACGUGCAAAUGGAUGAAGCACUUGUUCGAACCAGGAUUCCUCAAGACUUGGUGAAGCUACUUGGUGUUGAGUCUCAGACCAGCUCUAAAGCGGAAGCCUUCACCCAAUCGUUCCUAAAACACAGCAUUCAGCAUCAAGAAAGACAUGAUUUGAAGAACAUACUGAGCCACAAAGCUGUGGUCCUGGGCUACUCAAGGCCCAAGAAAGACCAGUCAAAGAGGAGUAGUAAAAAAGCCAAAGGAUUGAAUGCGCGUCAGAAGAGGGCGAUGAAGAUCUUCCAGAUCAAGCCUCAGAACCAGAGAUACGAGCUCUUCCUUCCCCUGCAUGAGCUCUGGAGACAGUACAUAAUUGACCUGUGCAGUGGAUUGAAACCAACAAGCAGUCCUCAGUUGGUGCAGCAGAAGCUUCUGAAGGCUGACUUCCAUGGGGCCAUCAUCACAGUGGUCCGGUCUAAAUGUCCAUCAUAUGUGGGGACAACAGGGAUUUUAGUCCAAGAAUUCAAACAUGUCUUCAAAAUGAUCACUAAGGAGAACAGACUGAAAGUGAUCCCUAAGAGGAACAGUGUUUUUGCUGUGGAGAUCAACGGCUUCAUCUCUCACAUCUAUGGAAGUAGGUUUGAGCAGCGAGCCAGCGAGCGCUCUGCCAAGAAGUUUAAAGUGAGAGGAACUCUUGACUUGUGAUGGCACUGAGAGCCAAACGUGCUGUGCUGCAGAGACGACUCUCACUUAGACUGCACUCUAUUGGCCAUCAAAAGACACUGCAGCAACAAUAACUAUCCCCUUGUUUAAAGAGGAAUUCUGAAAAUGGUGCACUCUCAAGAUCAUGUUAGAAAAGGACAUUGCAAACUGGAUGUAUUGAGUUAAAGUACAUGGGAUUAACUUGCCAGGUAGUUUGCUCCAAAAAAAUGUCAUUAUGCAUUAUGAAAAAAGUGGGAUACAUUUUUUUUUGAAGAUGUCAGGAUAGCUCUGCCUCUACUGCUUUGAUCGUUAUUGUUUGAAAAGUAGUGUUUUUUGCAAGCCUUUAUAUCAGACAACAGGAAGUUAUGUAGGUAAUGGAAAAACACAGAGAGGUUUGUGCUGCCGGUUUGUUGUUUGUCAGGUUCUUAUUUAAAAGCAAGGGACUUGUCUGACGGCUGAUUUUUUUUAAAUGAAACCUGAUCUAGUUCUAUAGCUUCUGUAAGAAUGCAUUUCUGCUGUUUUCCAUUCAGUCUCUUACAAGCGCAUAACACCAGAGUGUGAUAAAGCGACACACUGACUAGGUUCCUGUGCCUAUUUUCAGUUGCUGGCCAAAUGUUUGAUCAAAUGUUUCUCGACUUAAAUCACUUUUUAAAACUGGUCAGGCCAACUCCAACAGAGGUGUGGAGGAGUCUGACAUAUUUUGUUCAAUUAGAAAUACCAUGUUUGUACAAAACACGGAAAGGAAAAUAUACAAAAUAUAAUUUGAUAUCAGUACUGAAACAUUACUGUUACAGAUUUUACAUCUCUCAUUCUACACACCCCUUCAAUUCAGUAAUUGGUAUGGAUUUUUGUGUCCUGAUAAAACUGUUACUUCAAUACAAAAUACCAGUGAACCAGUUGUAGUCAUAGGGGCUCAAUGGUAUUUUUUCAAAGGUUGCUCGCAGACAUUACAAUUUUGGUGUUUAUAAUAAUGUUUUUGUUUUACAAUGUUAAUUGUGCAGCAGAAGACAAGGCAGAACUUUCUGUAACCUGACAGCCUGACUGCACCCUGUCCUCUUCUCUGUCGAAAACAUGCACAACUUCCUUCUUCCCUUUUUAAGAGAAAAUUCAAAAACUAUGAUUCUUACCCACUGAAAACUGACUGUAAAUAAACAACUCUUUAGCUGACAA